CGAAAGAAGAAGGUUGCAAGAGCAACAUGGCAGCCUCCAUUGAGAGUUUACUCGUUGAAAUAGCAAGCCUUGAAGAGCCUAUUGAAGAGCUGCAAACUUUAAAAACUGCGGUUUUAUCAUUACCUGUAAGCGCCCUUAGGGAUACAGUGAGUGGACUCCGGCUUGAAGUGAUUUUCUCUCUUUUGAACACAAAUGACAGAGAGCAAAUUGAGCUAUGCGUGGACAUCCUUGGUCGAAUCCUGCUCGCCCUCAGCCCUGUCCACCUGGCCCAAAACUGCGGAGUGGAACUUCAGGCCGGACUGAAACAUCCUGAUGACACAGUCAAAAUACUGGCAUUGACACAAAUUGGUAGAAUGGUAUUGAACCAUGAGGCAGUAACAGAAAUUCGGAACAACCAAGACAUACUUCGGGAAGUGAUCCACUGCAUCAGAGGAGAGAAGAUGUCAGUGGCCAAAGAGGCAAUACGAGCUCUUGCCAAACUUAGCCACUCCAAAGCUGGGUUAGAUGCUCUAUUCAGGAGCGACUUGCUGAAAGACCUCAAGGAUGUGAUGGCUGCAAGUGAUAUUGUCAGAUACAGAGUAUACGAGCUGAUAGUGGGCAUCUCGUCUGUCUCUCCUGUCUCCCUGGGUUACUGUGCCAACAGCAGCUUUAUUUCCCAGCUACUGGGAGAGCUGACAGGAGACGAUGUACUGGUCAGGGCUACAGCCAUUGAGAUGGUGACCACACUUUCCCACAGUCAGCAUGGGCGCCAGUACCUGGCACAGCAAGGCAUCAUGGAUAAGAUAUCCAACAUGAUCACUGGAGCAGAGUCAGACCCCUUCUCUAGUUUCUACCUGCCUGGGCUGGUGAAAUUCUUUGGGAACCUGGCCAUCAUGGACAGUCCCCAGCAUGUGUGUGAGACCUACCCAGCAUUCCAGAACAAGGUGUUUGAGAUGGCCCUCGACCCAGACCCGGUCAUGACUGGAGUGGCUUUGGACACACUGGGGGUCCUGGGCUCAACCGUGGAGGGGAAACAAGUCCUGCAGAAAACAGGUGAGAAGUUCAAUGCUGUGCUGAAGAGAAUGAGCCAGCUGGCCAGCGGUGGAGCCACCGAGCUGAGAGUGCGCUGUCUGGAGGCCAUCUCACUCCUAAUCACUCUGCAGGCUGAGCAGCAGACCGAGGACCUGCUGGUUCUAACAGAGUCCUGGUUCCAUCUGCUGUCUAACAAGCCUAUGGAGAUGAUCAGGAACAUCAGCACCCAGCCCUUCCCUGAGCUCCACUGUGGUGCUCUACGCAUAUUCACUGCCAUUGCUCCCCAGCCAUGGGGUCAAAGGUUAAUGAUUGGCACGCCAGGGUUCAUGGAGUUCAUUGUUGACCGUUCGACUGGUCCAACCAAGGAAGCGAAGGACGCUAAAUUUGAGCUUGUGGGGGCGCUGGUGAGCUCUUCCACAGCAGCGGAAAUCUUGGGUAGCCAGCACUACUUGCGCCUGCGGUCCUACCUCCGAGAGGGAGCGUACUAUGUGACAGCUGUGGCAACAGUGACCACAGAGGGAGCGGACUGAGAGAGAGAAAUGGGGAAAAUCUCAAAUGACACCCUAUUCCCCAUAUAGUACACUACCGUAGGCCUUACUCAAAAGUAGUGCACUGCAUGGGGAUUAGGUUUAUAACUUGAGACGGCUACCAGACCAGGACCAACAAGACUCAAUUAUUGUUAUUUUAUUCGAUUUAUAGCCUGAAAGAUGCAUUUACUGUUGCUUUUUCUAGGUGGAAUAUUUGCCCGUAUUAAAGAGGAAGCAUAUUGAAAAUGACAA